ACAUUGACGUACUGUCGCUGUGACGUCUGACUUUUAGGUUAUGUUCAUGUAUUUAUUAUUAUUUAGAAAUAUAUUUAAUAAAAAUUCGAGACAAAACAAUACAUUAAAAAUAAAAAUUGUGUUUAAGAAAUAAUUAAAAUGCUUUCCCGCAACAUACGUCAUGUAUGUCGUCGGUACAGUCAAGCCGUUACUUUUAGAACAAAUGAGGUAUCACCUACACAGCAUAAUGAAAAUCAAAUCGGCUUAUUUUACACAGUCGACAAAGAUUUGUGCAAACAAUUGUAUAGCCAUGGGGGACUACCCAAGUCUUUCAAGAAACAAACAAAAACAUUCGCUGAAACAUCAAUAAUGGUCCGUCAACCAAGUUUGGAAAUAAUUGAAUGCAUUAGGGCAUCUGAUUUCAACAAGCCAGCUAUUAGAUAUGUAUUGUAUGGUGCGGAAGGAACUGGAAAGUCAAUGACCAUUGCUCACCUGCUGCAUUAUGCAUUUGAAGAAGGAUAUUUAAUCAUACAUGUUCCCUGGGUAUCAGACUGGCUACGACGUGUUCCCCGAACCAAGGAAAUGUCAAACUCGACCACUCGUGAGGGCUUUGUUGAUCUUCCGCUUGACGCCGCAGCCUGGUUAUUGCAUUUCAAGACUCAAAACCAGCACUUACUGAAAUCACCCGAGUUGAAAAUUACUAAAGAGUAUGUUUGGAGUAAACGUGAAAAGACUGAAGCUGGGGCACCUUUGGUGGAGCUGGUUGAGCAUGGUAUUACGAGAGUUAAAUAUGCUUGUGACGUUGUUGAUGCUAUAGUCAAUGAGGUUAAGAUACUCUCAAAUCAAAAAGUAUGCAAGACCUUUGUUGCGAUUGAUGGGUACAAUGGUUUCUUCAAUCCCACUACUCCAUUACAUACACCAACGAAAAAGAAGGUGGCACCUGAGGAAGUCACUCUAACUACAUCCUUCUUGGAGCUCACUAAAAAUGACUGGAGUAAUGGAGUGAUGGUGCUAAGUGCAGAUGCUAUUGCAUAUCCAGAAUGUGAAAAAGGAACAUAUUUACCCAAGCAUUUACUGUUUCGAAAGGGUUUCGACCACUUGGACCCAUUUGUGCCAAUCAAAGUAGAUGGCUAUACAGACAAGGAAUUCCUAACAUGUUCAAUCUACUACAGAGAUAGGUUAUGGUUGAGAGGACCCCCUGAAACUGAAACUGAGCUCAAAAUCACAAGUGCAUGUAAUCCCUUCAGAUUUAUGGAACUAUGUGCACCAUUGUAAAUUAUGAAUUAGUCAAUAAAGUAGAUGUAAUAUUA